AUUGGCACCCUUCAUGCAAGCCCGGAGCUGAAGGAGACAUUUGAACCCAAGGAUGUUGACCAAGUAUGUGAAGAGGAAGUAAUUGCAGAUACCCGCCCUCAGGAGGAAGACUCUGAGGAGAAAGAAAUUAGUCCACUUCUUGAAGAAGACAGGCCUCAAGAACUCACAACAGUGACAGCAGAAGCAAUGACCAAGUUACUGGACCCUCUGGUUUUAUUAGAACCCAAGUCACUAAGAACAGUUUUACGUGAGUGGCUCUCACAGUUAGAAAAAACAUUUUCCCUGAAGGACUUCACUGGCAUUUCCAGUACCAGCAGUCUACCUGUGGAACUGAACCUGGAUGUGCACCUCCUAGAGUCAGAAGAGAGAGUAUUAGAUGAAGAUAAUGAAGAAGGUAAAAGGAAUUCCUUAGGCAUUGAAGAAACUGGUGGUCAUAUAGCCUGUGAACCUGUCAGCAGCCUUAGUGAGCCCUUGGGUGAUGUUUUUCGAGUAUAUUCUCAGUUCACUAUAGCCAACAGUCUUCAGAAAGACCUGACAGAGUUGACCACGCUGUGCUUGGAUCUGAACGUAUUGAACUCCAUAGUGGAAAGCCUAGGCGGACAUGUGGACUGUACUUUACAGCAGCUCUCUCCUGAAAUCCUGGCAUGUCGUUUCCUAAAGAAGUAUUUUUUUCUCCUGGACUUGAAAAGAGCAAGGGAGAGUAUCAAGCUAAGUUACACCAACAGCCCUUGUGUUUGGGACACUUUUGUUGAAGGACUGAAAGAGAUUGCAAGUUCUAACCCUGCGUACACAGAAAUGGAAGAAGGAGACCUGCCCACAGGCCUACAGUUACUGGAUGGUUCGAUCCCUUCAGAUAGUCCUUUGUUAAUUGCAUUUGCCACCCGAUUGUAUGAUAGAUUCGGGGAGUCUGCCCUUCGAGCCUUCAUCAGGUUUUAUCCAUCCAUCUCGCCUUCGGACGUCUCACAGCUCUGCCGUCACCAUCCUGCUCGGUUUCUGACCUAUCUGGACAGUCUGGUGAAGUCAAGGCCUGAAGACCAGUGGCCAUCCUUCCUCGAGUUCCUUCUUCAACCAGAAUCUUUAAGACUUGACUGGCUGCUUUUGGCAGUGUCCCAUGAUGCUCCACCAAGCACAAGUACACUAGAUGACGAAGGACAUCCCAGGCCCCAUUCACACUUGCUUUCCUGGGGUUAUAGUCAGUUGAUCCUUCUUCUGAUUAAACUUCCUGCAGACUUCACAACCAAAGAGAAAAUGAUUGACAUCUGUAGGUCCUAUGGUUUCUGGCCUGGCUAUCUUACACUCUGUCUGGAGCUGGAGAGGAGGAGGGAGGCCUUCACCAACAUUGUGUAUCUGAAUGACAUAACCCUGAUGGAAGGGGACACUGGUAU